ACUAACCGGUUUCACAUGCCGAGGCGCGGCAGUUGUUGCAGCCCAUUCACGACAGCUUCGCAUUCAAGACACCAUCAAUCACCUCAAGACACUCGCGAUUCUCGCACUCGUUGCGCCCAUUCAACAUCCUUCCCGGAGUAUUCAACAACACUCCUGGAUCAUCGUUCCGCAUCGACUGUGGCCUGUCUUUCUCUUCAUUGCUGCUCCAUAUACCUAUCCACCCUUCUUCGUCAUACCCCACCAUCCAUAUAUCCUUUCAUCCUAGCCUACUCCACCGUGCCAUCACAGGUACAUACUUGCCUUCGUCUCUGUUAUUGGCACGGAAUUGUGCAAAAUUUGCUGUGCGCUGUACGCACACGGCUGCAGAGGCCUGCACAACCCCCUCUACGCGAGUCUAGGGUCGAUAUUUACCUCUCGCCCCGCACUCGCCAACGUGUACGCUGUUGCACUUCACUCAUCGUUGCACUGGUAGCAAUCAAUAGCCAUAGGAACAGCAGACAGAGUAUGGCCGACACGAAUCCCAUCAUGAGCACCAACGCCGACGGUAGCCGGCUGCGUGAGCGUCCCUCCGCGAGACCGCUUCACCUCAAUAACUCGGAUGAUGCCAGACGAAAAGUCUUGCAGUUGAAUGAAGAACAGGCCGACCAAGACCACAAAGAUGCUUCCCAAAAACGCACAUAUGGCAGAACGCCCGACGGCACCGUUUUCAUCGUUCCUCAGACUCAUGACAUGGUCUCACAGCUGCUCUCGCCCUCGCAACCAAAGAACCUAUCCGAUGUAGUCAUCCUCGCUUGCCUCGCCGUUCUCAUACUUACAUUGUACUUUCUACCCACAAGCGCCCGCAGGCCUGUUUUUGCAUGCAUUUUUCUCUUUUGGCGCGCUGCCUACAAUGCAGGCAUUGGUUGGCUGCUUCACCACCAGUCCAACCACAAUCGCCUUGUUCUCUGGGCCAAGAACUCUCACAUCUUUGAUGCCCCAGAGAACGGUAAGAACCCAUAUCCCACUCUGUACACUCUACUCAAGCGCGAAAUGGAGACCAAGAUUCCAAAGGACUACAAGUUUGAGGAGGCUCCACUCGAGUACAAUACUUGGCUGCUUUUCCGCCGCGUCGUAGACCUGAUCCUCAUGUGUGACUUUGUCUCAUACUGCUUGUUCGCGGUAGCUUGCUUCAACCGCCCCGACGAGAAUUGGGUCUUGUGGGCCUUUCGCUGGACUGGUGGCAUCAUCCUCUUCCUUUUCAAUCUCUGGGUCAAGUUGGACGCCCACAGGGUGGUCAAGGACUUUGCUUGGUACUGGGGUGAUUUCUUCUAUCUCAUCGACCAGCAACUCACCUUCGACGGUGUUUUUGAGAUGGCUCCACAUCCAAUGUACUCAGUUGGUUACGCAGGCUACUAUGGCAUCUCCAUGAUGACCGCUAGCUACUCAGUCUUAUUCAUCUCCGUAGCCGCGCACAUCGCUCAAUUUGUUUUCCUGACUUUUGUGGAAAAUCCGCACAUCGAAAAGACAUACAAUGCGCCACCUCCCCGAAAGCGACUAAACUCUCAAUCCGUUCACCAGGAUGAACGUCCCAAUUCGCGCCACUCCGAAGCAGCAUAUGUCGACGGCGUACCCGUACUGGACUCGGAAGGGCAACCCUCUGAGAUCCAUAGUAUUGUCGGCCCCCAAAACACUGACCUGCACCGGAGCAUCGACGUCUCAACAAUUGCAAUUUCGUUUUACAUGCUCAGCCUUGCUGUUCUUACCCCAAACACCUGGCCAAUUCGCGUCUUCCUCCUCGUAAAUGCCUUUUUCUGGCGCUUGUGGUACGUUCUAGGCUUGGGUUACCUACUUGACCGGCAGUCCAAAAAGAAAAACUGGACCCGUCAUUUCAUCAAGUACGGAGACAGCAAGACAGAAGCGUGGCGCCAGUGGAAGUAUCUGUACCAUCUGAGUAUGGUCAUGUGCCACGCCAGCUUCAUUGCAGCCGCAUGGAAGAUGUAUAACAUGCCUCCAGAUUGGUCGUACGGAUGGACACUCCUGCGCCAUGUCAUUGGGGUGGGCUUGAUCAGUCUGCAGCUUUGGGUCGCCAAGAGCAUCUAUGAGGCUCUGGGCGAGUUUGGUUGGUUCAGCGGCGACUUUUUCUUUGAUCCACCCUCCAAGAAUCUCACAUAUUCGGGAAUUUACCGGUUUCUCAACAAUCCCGAGCGUGUUCUUGGUCUUGGUGGCGUUUGGGGCAUUGCGUUCAUCACCUGGAGCGUUCCUAUUUUCUACCUCGCAGGAGUAGCCCACGUUUUGAAUCUUUGCUUCCUCCAAUUCGUGGAACGACCGCACAUGCAGAAACUCUACGGACAGAAUCUUCGAAAGACAUCCGGAGUGAGCAAAACGCUCAGGCAGGCUCUCCCAAGCCCGGUUCGAGGCUGGCAGUCGGCAGCAGACGAGUAUCUUAACUCCACAGUUGAAUUUAUCGAAGAGCUCGUUGAAAGCGCACGGCCGAAACUUGCCGCCGGGGUCGACACUUUCGUCAAAGAUACAACAGCCCUUUUCAAGGCUCAACCCACGCGCAUAUCCAUCACUCGUCUUGCUCCGGAUCUUGCUGGAGUUGACCCAAACCAGUACAAGCUCGAGAUUCAGGGCACCCGCCUAUCUGCAGCAACUCAACGACGAGCAAGCGGUAGUCGCGAAGGCGAGAUGGCCAGAGCACCAGCAGCCAGAACAAGCGAAUUUACAUCCCAUGUCUUCGAAUACGGAGCGCCUAUAAGAGUGCGCUGGCAAGCACCCUUGAAGCACAGUAAGAAGGACUGGAUCGGACUAUACAAAGUUGCCGACAACGCUUCACGCGACGUCACGAAGCUAUCAUCGAACGGGCGAUGGAUCGCUACCAACCGUGCUGUUUUCGACUCCAACCGCGCAGAAGAAGGCAUUCUCAUUUCCGACAAACCUGUUUCCACCGGAGGUGACGACACUGAGCACCUCAGUGGCGAGGUAGAAUUUUCUGGUGACAAACUGUGGUGGACCACGGGCGUAUUCGAGUUUCGCUAUCACCACGAUGGCAAGCACAACGUGCUAGCCGUUUCCCACGCCUUCGAAGUCAAGAUCCCUAAGUUCGAUGCAGACGACGUUGAGUUGGAUGCGAGCGGCACCAUUCACCAGCCUAUUGAGCAAGCUCUUCUCCCUCUUGUGCAGAACUGCUUUGACCGCGACCCUGAGAUCGCGCCCUCCACUUCUGACGAGCCUUUUGGUAGUCUCGUGGAAAGAGAUGGGAAGUACUCGAGGAGAGUCGUUUUUGCUGUGCACCAGAUGUUCGGCAUCGAAUUUGCCCCCGAAGUAGUCCAAGCAGACGGAAACGUACGCAACCUGGCGUGGCGUAUCUGCAAUGCGAAGAAAGUCUUGGCCCCAUUUAGUAUGUCUGCCAGUUGCGGCAGGAACACGCCUACAUCUUAG